AUGCUGGCACCCGACGAGACACUCAGAGGCAGUCCUGUCUUCACGGUAGCCUUUAUAAUAGGCUUCUACUAUGUCGUCCGCCUUGCCCGCCGUCUCAUUCACACCUACCGAGUACGACAAAACUACAAGGAUAUCCCAAGUCUGCCACGUCAUCCUCUUUGGGGAAAUCUGAUCAACGUCGGCGAGAAAGUUAAUCCCGCCACCAAUCGACACCCAGAUUAUGGAUUUGAGGAGGUUUGGAAUCAACUUGACCGACCUUCUGCAUUUAUCAUGGAUCUAAAUCCCAUUGAUAACGUCUUCUUCAUUAUCGCCGAUCCAACCGUCGCAGAAGCUAUUGUCCAGCCAAGUCCACAAUUCAAGUAUUCAGCCUUGAAAAGUGACACUCUCAGCACCCUGAACCGCCUAAUUGGGCGCGAAUCUCUCAUUAUUUUGGAGGGUGAGGAGUGGAAGAAUCUUCGAAAGCGAUUCAAUCGAGGAUUUGCACCUACACAUUUGCAUUCCUUGUCUCCAUUGAUCAUUUCCAAGACCAGGAUCUUCGUCGACAGAUUAAAGGCUGCAGCGAAAGCUAAUGAGGUGUUUGAACUCAGAGACUACACUCAAGAUCUCACCACUGACAUCAUUACACAACUCACCAUUGAGAAAGAUUUUCAAUCUCAAACCACGCCGGAAGGCCAAGGCCACAAAGGCCUGUUAGGACUGCUCACAGCUUCGAGAAAUUUAUCAAAUUUGGUGUUCAAAACCGGCCAGGGAUUCAAUCCGCUAACGUUCUUCGAUCCUAUCCGCCCACUCAAAGCUUGGUUCUACGAACAAGUAUUCAACCAUGAACUGACCAAGGUUAUCAAGCAACAAAUUGAAACAGAGCGAUCUUUGGGUGGAGAUGGUGCUGCUACGGCUGAGGAGAAGCCAAGUACACUGUAUCCCAAAUCAAUAACGCGCCUUGCGUUGUCAGGACUUCAACCUACACCCGAGCUCAUUCGCAACUCUGUGUCGCAAAUCAAGUCAUUCCUCUUCGCUGGUCAAGAUACAACCGCCACAUUGAUACAAUGGAUGUGCUUCGAACUUUCCAAGUCCUCGUUUUCGGUUCACCACAGCGCGAUCGUGAAGAAGUUGAUCGAUGAACACGAUAAAGUAUUUGGAGCUACGGCCGAUCCGUUCAACGCUCUAGACGCUCUUGGAAGAGAGGACGAUGAAGGCCGCAAGGACGCAGAAGCGAUAAUCGGGAUGAAACUGCCAUACACGGUGGCAUUCGUCCGCGAGACCCUAAGAUUGCACCCACCCGCUGGGACGGCGCGGCGAAUCCCCGAUAUGUCGCCCGAGAAUCCGACUACAUUUACCAUAUCACUUCCAGAAUCGGCAGGCUCGACAGAAACGAGAGAGGUGAUGCUGAACGGCCUAAGAAUCUAUAUCUGCCAGCACCUCAUCCAGCGGAAUCCAGCAAUUUGGGGUGACGAUGCGGAUGUCUUCCGUCCUGAGCGGUGGCUUGACGAAGAAUACGUAGCCAAGUUACCUACAGGCGCGUGGCGACCCUUCGAGCGCGGCCCUAGGAACUGUAUUGGUCAGGAAUUGGCUCUUCUGGAAGCCAAGGUUGCGCUCUGUGCUCUGGUUAGAGGUUUUGAUUUCCACAAGGUAGGAUACUCUGGUAGGAAAGCGGCUGGGAUCGUGCAAGGUGAUGGGUCGGACGAUCCUGAAAGGGAGAUUUGGAGCAAACAUAGCGUCACGUCUGUGGUGAUGGAUGGGAUGAAGAUGAAGGUUGAAUUGAAGAAUUGA